GUGCAGCAGCUCCGGCUGGGGAGCUGGCGGGCGGUCGCGCGCGGAGCGUGGCGGUCCGGGCGCCGGGGGCGGUCCCUGCGGGGCGGGCGGGGCCCGACCGGCGCUCUGUGUGGCCGCGGCCAUGAAGCCGCAGCCGCCGGGCUAGGCCCGGGGCGGCUGUAGCCCAGGGCGCCCGCACAGGGCUGCGCCCGGGUCCCCGACUCCGGUUGCGGGGCCGGCGGGCCGCCGCUCACCAUGCCCGGCAAGCACCAGCACUUCCAGGAACCCGAGGUCGGCUGCUGCGGGAAAUACUUCCUGUUUGGCUUCAACAUCAUCUUCUGGGUGCUCGGGGCCCUGUUCCUGGCUAUUGGUCUCUGGGCGUGGGGUGAGAAGGGUGUUCUUUCCAACAUCUCGGCGCUGACGGACCUGGGAGGCCUUGACCCUGUGUGGCUGUUCGUCGUGGUUGGGGGUGUCAUGUCGGUGCUGGGCUUUGCCGGCUGUAUCGGUGCUCUCCGAGAGAACACCUUCCUGCUUAAAUUUUUCUCUGUGUCCCUCGGCCUCAUCUUUUUCCUGGAGCUAGCCACGGGGAUCCUGGCCUUCGUGUUCAAGGACUGGAUCCGGGACCAGCUCAAUCUCUUCAUCAACAACAACGUCAAGGCCUACCGCGACGACAUCGACCUCCAGAACCUCAUUGACUUUGCUCAGGAAUACUGGUCUUGCUGUGGAGCCCGAGGACCCAAUGACUGGAACCUCAAUAUCUACUUCAACUGCACUGACUUGAACCCCAGCCGGGAGCGCUGCGGGGUGCCCUUCUCCUGCUGCGUCAGGAACCGGAAGGAGGAUGUCCUCAACACCCAGUGUGGCUACGAUGUCCGCCUCAAAUUGGAGCUGGAGCAGCAGGGCUCCAUCCACACCAAGGGCUGUGUGGGCCAGUUUGAAAAGUGGCUGCAGGACAACCUGGUGGUGGUGGCCGGUGUCUUCGUGGGCAUCGCCCUCCUGCAGAUCUUCGGCAUCUGCCUGGCCCAGAACCUUGUGAGCGACAUCAAGGCGGUAAAGGCCAACUGGAUCAAACACGAUGGCGGCUGCAAGCUCCUCAGAUAGACGCGCUCCAGGAACGCCAGAUGCACCCCCCAUUCUUCUGAGAUCCCCAGGUGCCUGAGUGGCCCAGAUGGGGGCACUGGACCCGGCCCACAGACUGGGCCUGGCCUGACCCACAGACGUCCAGACCCCCAGCUUCUCGUCCACAGUGACCAUCGGCCACCAAGGUUCCCAGGACACACGCUUCCCACCCAGGGAGGAAGCCCUCGGUCCACCCCACUCACCCAAGUGCCCUGUCUGACCCUGCGGGCUGGAAGAUGGGCCCCCCACCCUCUGUGGGGCUGCUUUCUGUGUCCGCCGUGGCCCCCGUGAUGAGGAGAUUGAAGGGACCACAGCCCGGGAGGGACCUGGAGGGUGGGAUACAGGCCAGAAAGUUUUGGGGAGGGAAGGAGCUGCAAAUCCAGGGUGGGGCCUGGGGGGCCAGGGGCAGGCCCCGGGCUGGGGGCAGGGGGCAGGGACUUCAGGAGAUCAAGUUCAGUCUUCCAGGGGAAUGCAGAGCUGCCUUGUGGCCACCAGAGGGCGCCCCAGCACUGCCUCCUGGAGCUGGCUGCUUUGCUAGGGCUGCCCCCCUUCCCCUAGCCCUGCCUGGCAUCUGCUUCCUAGUGCUUUGGGGUUGGGGAAGUUUGAAGACGCAGGAUGAACAGAUUUUGGGGUCCCGGAUGGGGUAGUUUCUACACGCUACAGUAAAAGCAGCUCACGACA